AUGGGUAAGUACGCUCGCGCCUCAAUCAACGAUUUCCUCGACCCCUACGGAAUCUUCUUCUGGAUCCACGUCGAAUACGCAUUAUACGCAAGGGACAUCUGUGUCUACCGAGACACCGAAAGCAUCUUUUGGCUCAACAGCUGGCGGAACGAGCCCGACCACGCCAGUGUCCUAUGCGACACAAAAACAAUCUUCUGUCUCAACUUCGGGGUCUACGACAUCGGGAGAAACGUCCCCAACCGUACCGGCCUCAAGCUCGGUUCUCCCAACAAACCAGAGCCCGACUACCACCUCGCCAACUUC